AAUAUCUACACCCCAGUUCCUACAGCAAAGUAAUCAAUGAAUGCCAACAACGAAUGGUAGCAGACCACAUACAAUUUCUUCAUGCAGAAUGUCAUAACAUCAUCAGACAAGAGAAGAGAAAUGAUAUGGCAAACAUGUACACAUUGCUUCAUGCUGUGCCAAGUGGCUUACCUCAUAUGAUUCAGGAACUGCAAAACCAUAUCCAUGAUGAGGGCCUUAGAUCAUCCAGCAGUCUUUCUCAGGAAAAUAUGCCCACUCAAUUUGUAGAAUCAGUGUUGGAAGUACACAUUAAAUUUGUUCAGCUCAUUAAUACUGUUUUGAAUGGUGACCAGCGAUUUAUGAGUGCCCUUGACAAGGCUUUAACAUCAAUAGUGAACUAUAGGGAACCAAAUUCUAUUUGCAAAGCUCCUGAGCUGCUGGCCAAAUAUUGUGACAAUUUGCUUAAAAAAUCAGCAAAAGGCAUGACAGAAAAUGAAGUAGAAGACAAACUUACAAGCUUCAUUACAGUUUUCAAGUACGUUGAUGAUAAAGAUGUUUUUCAAAAG